GGCCGAGGAAAACAUGUCCUAAACUCCGAUAAGCCCGUUUGUUAAAUGUUUUUUUUUUUUUUUUCAAUUCGAGACCGAGGCUCUUUUUAUAACCAAUGUCAAGCAAAGCAGUUAUUGAAAAUUCUGAUCAAAUAACGAUCUUGCGUAUCAAACGUAAAAGAAAUGAAGAGCCUUUAGAUGCAUUGCUCGUUCACCAAGAAAAUGAAAAACGUAGUAAAAAGAACUCUGAAAAGUUGAAGAAUAGCGUAUUAAAAGUGUCUGCCGCUGCACUUCCAACCUUGUUUCGUUUGGCCGAGACGGUCGAACAAAAGAGUUUUUCCGAUUUGAACGAAGCCAAAAAGUUAAAAGAUCGUAUUUCGAGACGUAUUCAACCAGGUUCAAGUAGACCCCAAACACCCACCACUUUAGAAGAAAAAAAAGAUCGCCUUGUUAGAGAACAAAAAGAAGCUUCAAGUAAAGCUAGAUACAGAGUGAUUCACCAAAACAGAUCAAGUCCGGAUGAAGAUGCUCCACCAGUUGUACAAAGUGCGGCUGAAAAGGCAGCCAAAGACCUUUUCCAAAUGUAUGAGGCUGUCAAAGACGAGGAGACCUCCAAAGCAAAUUUGUUUAUGGAUGACGACACGGAGGACCCUGAUGACAUAAUGUGUAACUUCAUUCCUAUGGUCAAGGAAUAUUUGACAUUGCAAGAAAGGGAAACGGAGAAGGAAGAGGAUUAUGUAUAUGAUGUUUAUUAUAGAGACGAUAACAGUUUUGAGCAAGGCAUCAACUCAAAGAAUGUUGGUUCUCUUGUUUGGUUUGACGAUACUUCAGAGUAUCUGGAUGAUGAUUCUGACAGCGAAUUGGGAGAUGAUGUAGAUGAGGACUCAAAUGCUGAGGACUAUUACCAAAACGACUAUCCCGAAGAGGAGGAUAGUGAUGAAUUCGAAGACCAAAAUGGGUUUGAACUUUCAAGUGAUGAAGACGAUUAUGUAUUGUAGAAUUUGAUAAACUCGACUUAAAUACUAGACAGAUAGUCAGCAGGAAUCGCUUUUUUUUUUUUUAAAAAAAAAAAAUGUUUUGUGCAUGAUUGAAAAGUAUACUGGGUAAACAACUCACUAUUGUGUAAAA